AUGACAGGACCAGUACACCAAUUUACUCGUCAACAUAGUACAACAUCAACUAAUUCAAAGAUGGAUAAAACUUAUCCUUCAGAAACUGGCACUUCUGAAACUGUUAUUGAACAGGUUCAAAUUGAAAUCAUACCUGAUGAUGGUCAUCAUGAAGAAAAAUUAUUUUCUAAACGAAAAAAUACGUCAAGUGAUCAUGAUUCCGGCGCGGAAGAUAUUGAGCAACAAUUGGACGAUAUGUGUAUAAGAGAUGAAAAUGAUCAAGAAGAUCAAUCAUCAGAAAAUUCUUUCGGACCCCGUCAUGAUGAUGGUUUUUACGAUGAUGAAACUACACAUAAUUCAAACCGUUUAAUUAUGCAAAACGAUGUUGAGCUUGCGAAACGUAUUCCUGAUGAAAUGAAAAAAGAUCUUUGUGCUGAUACAAGAGUAGCAUGCCAUGGUGAAUUUGCUCGACUUAUUUCAGUGCCAUUAGCACUACGUGACCGACAUCAUUUUCGUCUUUAUGCUGCAGAAGAAAUUAUCAAUAUUCCAUUCAUGAAUUUACCAUAUCAAUGGUCGAAAGUUGAUAACGCUAAAGCUCAGUUCAAGUGUCCAAACGAGCGUUGUCGACAUGUAUGGACAUCAAUGCGAGCACGCAUUUUAUUUUCAGUUACUUCACCAGAUGAUGGGUGUAUUGUACUCAAAAUUUUUGGACAAAAUUGUCAAUCUUGUCGUACAUACUCUCAAGCUCUCUGGUAUAUCGACGAAAUUUGUCGAGUAAUGAAAAAUUUUGCCUGUGUAUUUUAUGAAAAUUAUUAUCCUGAUAUGUUGGAUGAUCCUUAUUUACAAAAUGCAGGAUUAGUCCAGAAUGAUCAAUUGCCAGCUAGUGUAAAACGUCAUGAUCCUUAUCAAAGAAAAGGAAAAAUGUCGGCACCACAUGUUAAAGAAUAUUGUGAAGCUUGUCGACAUGGAAUAUGCUUCAUUUAA